AAUAUAAUAAAAUAAUAAAAUAAAUCGAGAAUGUCGCCCGCAACGGCAAAAGAAAACGGGCAAAAUGAAUGCGAGCAUAAAUUGCAUUAGGUUCUGAGUUGGCCCACUUUGGUCGGUGGCUAAAUCGAUUUCUACUUACAUAUUAUGAAACAAACACCUGCGCGUGACCUCUGAAACGGGCUGCAGGACAGUGUAAACGGCACACGACCAGCGUUGAAUCAGUGUCUAAUAUAUAAAUCCUGUGGCUAGUGCAAAAAGAUACAUCUUCUCGUUUGCAGUUGGCAAGAUGACGUUAUAACCAGGGAGUUAUGAAGUUGCAUCGCUUCUAUGCCGAAACGGCCUUUUAAACUUUCACGCAGAAUCAUUAUCAAAUCGAGAAGUGCGGAUUGAGCCUUCCAGACAAGAUGUGGACUAAAGCAAAUGCAGCCGGGAAAGGGCUGCUCACCUUGGCAGCCAUAUUUGGAUUUCUGACUUUCGUAUGGAUUCCAUCAGCCUCAGCCGAAUGUCAAACGCGUUCCAUCUACUGCUACGAGUGCGAUUCGUGGACGGAUGCACGUUGCAAGGACCCCUUCAACUACACGGCCCUGCCGCGCGAUCAGCCCCCCCUCAUGACCUGCAACGGCUGCUGUGUGAAAAUGGUGCGACACCAAAGAUCACCCUACGAGGUGGUGCGACGCAUGUGUACGUCACAAUUACAAAUCAAUUUAUUCAUGGUCGAUCACGUGUGCAUGAUGGAAAGUUCAGGCAAUGGACAUAUGUGCUUUUGUGAGGAAGAUAUGUGCAAUUCUAGUAAAAGUUUAUACUCAUUCGCAAACGGUUACAACCAUCUAAUCAUAAUCACCCUAACGCCAUGGCUAAAACUGCUCCUGCAACAAUUUGUGCACAGAUAGAUCAACAACAAUAACAAAACAAACAAACAAACAAACAACAUUAAUAACAACAAACACACACAGACACAUUCGUUAAGUCCCUUAGAAGCGGUUAAAAGUACAUACAGAUAACAGAGACAUAUUCGUAAGAGAUCAUGGCUAACACACACACACACACACAAAUACACACACACACACACACACACAUAAACAUUAACACGUAACUUGAAAUUGUUUCGUAGUCGAACUUUGUGAUUAAUCAAGUUGAUUUUCAUUCUGCAAGCACAGUUAUUAAUCGAAUACUAAUAUUGCUACAAGUAGAUUGAAAACUUUUGACUGCACACACACACACACACAAACACAUAUAUGCAUAUAUAUACAUAUAUAUAUAUAUGCAUACAAAGAAACUUCCACAAAAAGAAGUGCUGCAUACUGCAUACGACAAAAUCGAACAACAUUUUCCGAAAAUGAAUGAAAGUGAAUAGAAAAUGAAAUGCGCGCUUUGUUGCACCUUGUCAGAUGUUGCAUACAUGAAUCUAUAUACGUACAACUUACUAUAUACUAAUACUACUGCAUACUACUACUGCAUACUACUUGGAAUGUUUGAUACUCGAAAGUACUCUCGAUCAAUACUGAAUCACAUACCACAUACCACAUAUAUAUUUGGAAUGCAUGUUGUUAAUGCUAAAGCAUGUAGCGCUUAAGUAGGUACUCGUAUCUGUAGUUCAAACAUUUCAUUACAUUUUGUUACUUACAUUUAUAGAGAGUUUUCCCACACACACACACACACACAAAAAUAAAAAUAAAUUUAUAUAUAAUAGAUAUUUAUGAAAUGAGUUAAGCACACAUCAAUCAUACUCUAUUCAUAAGUAAGCUUAAUAAGUCACUUGGAACACUAGGCAUAAGCAAUUGUAUAAAUCUGUUUCUGUUCUGUAUAUAUACACAUAUAUAUAUAUAUAUAUAUAUAUGUCUUUAUAGUAGUAGUAUGUCAGUGUGCCCCUCACCCCCUGUAAUGGUUAACGCGAUGUGGAAAAGGAAAAAGUAUUGUGCAAUAGUCAAGUCUGAUGAAUGCUUGUCAAUUGCCGCAUUGAAAACUCAAAUGAAAUUUUGCUCAUUAUGUUUAUACCAAAAGUGAAGAAGUCAUCUAAUUCCUAAUCGUUAAGCUAUAUAUGAUCUAUAUGUCCAAUAUCAUAUCACAAUUACUACUCUAGAUAGCUCCAGGAGUAGACAAGACACAAUUUAUGAAUUUAUCAAUUUAUGUUAAUUAUGUCCAAGUAGUUGCUUUUAGCUCUGUAUAAAGAAUAUUUCAAUCAUUUUCAUUGUCUUUAGUUUCUCUUUCAACAAGUGAUAAUUAGCCAGUAAGUAGUCCAAAAACCAAAAACAAAA